UGUUUCACGUACGGGUGUAGAGAAAGUAAAUCGCAAGUUUUCCGAGUUUAUUGGCUCUGAAUUAUGAAAUAAACGUUUCCGCGUCGUGAGAAAUGCUCAUAUUGUUGUCUAGAGUCGCUCGCGAGUGCCAAAAUUCGAACUUUUUGACGUUAAGAUGUUGGAAAACUGUGAUGACUGAUUCGUCAAAUCGUGUGUGUUUGAAGUGAUUUUUAUGUGUGUAUAUUGAGUUUAGCGGGCAGGAUGCCGAGAGGAGAGAACAGGCCGAGCAUCCUGCUGUCUCGGGACGAGAAUGAGCAGGUGUUCAGCCUCAUCGGCCCCAAAUGCCAGAGCCUGGCGACGGCGGUGGUGCAACUGUUCACCACGGAGGGGCCAGGACACUCAGAAUGGAAGAAGAAGGACACGGGAGUGCUGUGUCUUAUAAAAGACAACAGCAAGCGGUCGUACUUCUUCCGCAUCUACUGUCUCUACCGCAAGGCAAUGAUAUGGGAGCACGAGGUUUACAUGCAGAUAGAGUACAAGAGUCCGCGCCCCUACCUGCACACCUUCGAGGCUGAGGAAUACAUGACAGCGUUCAACUUUGCAAACGAAGAUGAAGCGAAAGUCCUUAGGAAUAUUCUCAUCGAGAAAAUUGAAUUACGAAAACAAAGGAGAGAAGAGAGAAGGCAGCGCUCGCUCCUAGCUCAACGCGCCAACAGCUCGUCGUCGGGCGGCUACGCCCCGGGCCGCCACAACGGCGUGGCCGCGCCGCCGCCGCUGCCGCAGCCGCAGCCGGCGCCCGUGCCCGCGCUGCCGCCCAAGUCCACCAACUCACUCUCAGGCGGCUACACGAUCAAGAGCUCGAGCAAGAAGCCGAAGACGAGGAAGCUGACGAAGGCGGACAUCGGCAUGCCGCAGGACUUCAAGCACAUCUCGCAUGUCGGCUGGGACGCCACCAAAGGUUUCGACGUAGACAACCUGCCUGAAGAGGAGAUGCGCUCGUUCUUCUACAAGGCCGGCAUCUCGGAGACACAACUACAGGACCACGCCACCAGACAGUUCAUAUACGACUUCAUCAACACGCACGGCGGCUUGGACGCUGUCAAGGAAGAACUGCAUGAAGCCAAGCCUAAAGCCUCCCGCGCGCCCCCGCCGCCGCCCGCGCGCGCCGUGCCGCCGCCGCCCGCCGCGCCGGCGCCGCCGCGCAACCCGCCGCCGCCGCGGCCCUCGCAGCCGCCGAGUGCAGCGCCCCCGGCCGCGCCGCCCCCGCCCGCCGCGCCGCCGCCGCCGCCGCCCGCGCCCCCCGCGCCGCCCGCGCCCCCCGCUCCGCCCGCGCCGCCCAUGAUGCCCGCCAUGCAGGACGCGGCCGUGCCGCAGGAUGCCAGAGCUGCGCUCAUGGAAAGCAUCCGAAGCGGAAAUAAGACGCUCAAGAAAGUGGAGGCGACCUCGAAGGCGCCAACAGCGGACGACAGCAGAAGCAACCUGCUAAGCGAGAUCCGGCAGGGAAUAGAACUCAAAUCCGUGACCACCCGCUCGAACACCAACCCCCCCGCGUCCGGUCGUGGCGCGGCGCCGUGCGGGCUGGCCGACGCCCUGAAGCGCGCGCUAGACGAGCGGUCCCGCGCCAUACACUCCGACACCGACUCGGACGACACCAACGACACUGCCAGCGAGAGCGAGUGGGACUAGGACUGAAGGCGACAAAUUCAAGAUCAUGACGUUAUGAAUAGAACGAAAAUGAUUAUACCGGACGAUUUACGAACUACGGCGUAUGUAAGUUGUAUGCAACACUUAUUUAACUUUGCCUUGAAACAGGAAAUUAAUGUGUUCCAAAAACAAUAUGGUAAUUGACUGGGUCAAAGAUAAAUUAUAAAAUGCUAAUCUAUAAAUAGGAGCCAGUUUGAGAUGAACAAAAAUCAAUCUCAUUUUACUUUUCGACUUAUAUUCGAAUUUUAUUUAUGAAUUCAGUAAUAAUGAGUACGACGUUUGACCUAUUUCAUUGAUGACGUCACAGGAUAGUAUUUCCACACUAGCUGUAAAGAAACCUUUCGUUUUGACGUUUCGUAAAAAGUAUCUCAUUUGACUAGCUUGUCGAGUAGCCUAUUGCAACAUUAUUGGAACGAUUUUUUUUUCUGUCUAUCAACAUGUGGUCGAAUAGAGUAGGACUUAAAAGCAAUACAAUAAUAUACUUACUCUUCUUUGCAUGCCUGUCAAUUUGUAUCUAGAAAUCAAAUUACACUGUAGCCAUUCAGAGCAUUAAUAGUGAUAGUCUGAAUAGAAAUAUAUGGAAAAUAACGUAUGCCUUAUACAGGGUGUUACUGACAUUGUAACCAUCUUAACGGGAA